AUGACUUGGUCACAAACUCCCUGUGAAAAGAAGGCUCGCCUCAGUCAGAGCAAAAAUGGUGGUAGUCGUGAUGCAGAUUAUCAUCUUCUAAGUCCCAGUAUGCAAAGUCCCCUCAGACAGCUACAACCAAGUUCAAACCAGUCUCAAACUGUGACCAGCAUUGACAGAAGGUUAGCUGAAAUCCCUUCAACAAAGCCAGAGAGAAGGAAGGUGUUCCGUAGACCCCCUAUGAGCUGUGAAUCAGUUCCCAUAACAAGAACAGAUGGGCAAAGGCUUUACUUGUCAAUUAGGCAUGAUAGAGAGGAGAAAUCUGAUGGGUUAGAAUCCAAGGGAUUGAAAAAGAAACUCUCUAGAAGAGGAACAGGAAAUUCACUGCAGUUGUUGACAGUACCAUUUUCUGUGCUGCGUGAAAGUGUGGAGGAAGAGAGAAGGAGAAGGACAAUUGAGGAAUCAGAAAAGUUAACAGAUUCUUUACAGAGUCAAGAUGAAGCUGACUGGAAUCAAGUUGAUGCUUCUGGUCGGCCUGUCCAUAAGGUUGCAUUGUUAUGUGGUCCUCCAGGACUUGGCAAAACAACUCUGUCUCAUGUCAUUGCACGUCAUGCAGGAUACAAUGUGGUUGAGAUGAAUGCAAGUGAUGAUCGCUCCCCAGAAGUUUUCAGGAAUACUCUUGAAGCAUCUACACAGAUGAAAUCUGUGCUUGGAGUCAAUGAAAAGCCAAAUUGUUUAGUAAUUGAUGAAAUUGAUGGAGCACCAGCACCAGCUGUAAAUGUCUUGUUAUCAGUUGUCAAGCAAAAGGAUUCAGAUACUGAUCCCAGUCAAAAAGGGAAAAAGAAGAAGAAAACUGGGCCAUUGUCACGGCCAAUUAUAUGUAUCUGUAAUGAUCAAUAUGCACCUGCUUUACGUCAGUUACGUCAAGUGGCCUUUGUGGUAACAUUUCCACCCACUAUUCCCAGUCGCCUUGCCACUCGUCUUUUAGAGAUAUCAAGGCAAGAGUCAGUCAGCACAGACAUGACAACACUGACAUCUUUAUGUGAAAAAACUGAUAAUGACAUCAGGUCAUGUUUGAACACACUCCAGUUCAUUCAGAAAAGACAUGGACGGGUAGGAUUACAGCAUGUCCAGGCAAUGGACAUUGGUCUGAAGGAUUCUCAUCGCAGUUUGUUUUCAAUCUGGCAAGAAAUCUUCCAACUUCCCAAACCGAAACGUCGUCGUUUUGCAGAUGUUGCAGACACUGAAAACCACAAAAGUUUAGGGGGUGGGUUAGAGGGAAAUAUCAGCAGUGUUGGUGAGCAGAGAGGAAUUACAUCACUGGCAAGUCGUUUCCACACAGUUCUUCAUUCUGCUAUGUCAAAUGGACAGUAUGAUAAAGUGACACAAGGACUGUUUGAGAAUUAUUUGCAAGUGAAAUUUAAAGACCCCAGCUUUGAAGUGGUUGUUUGUGGAACUGAGUGGCUGGAAUUCUCUGAUUUCAUUGAGCAAGCUGUGAUAGGGCAGCAGAGUUAUAUUCUUCAGGGAUACAGUCCUUUUGUAUCAGUGGCAUUUCAUCUGUUUUGUGCAAGUCAAUCAUACUCAAAGCUCAGCUAUCCCAGCAGUCAAUAUGAGAGCCACCUUAACGAAACUAAGACCAAGAACCUUGUAAAUGCUAUCAAGAAUGAAUCAUCUCCGCAUAUUAGAAAAAACAUCAGUCUACGAACAGCCUGUCUGGACUUGUUUCCAUUCAUGUUGGAAGUUAUCACUCCCACAUUGAGACCAGUAAACACUCAACUGUUUUCAGCAAGUGAAAAAAAGCAAUUAGCAGAGCUCAUCAAUACCAUGAUAGCUUACAAUUUGACUUUCCACCAAGAGAGAAAUUUCGAUGGACAAUACACCUAUGUUUUGGAUCCAAACGUAGAAGAAGCUGUGAAAUUUCCUGGAUUACCACGGCACAGACAGUUGACUUAUGCCAUAAAGCAGCUCAUAGCAAGAGAGAUUGAGUUGGAAAAAAUGAGAAGAGCUGAGAGGGCUUUUAGAGCUCAUGCGGACGAAAGUUCUCCCAAUGAUACCAGUGGUUGCAAGAAGCAGGAAGAAGAAAAACCAAAGAAGCCUGUAGUUGUUUUGUCUCUUGAUACCAGUAAAGCGAAACCACGAGCGACAAAGCCCGCGCUGGACUUUUUUGGACGCCCGGUGAAGGUUAAACCUAAAGUUACAGACGACAAAACCAGCUGGCAGUCAGUUCGAUCACAGCCAAGCCUUAUUUGGUUUCGAUUUAAUGAAGGAUACAGCAAUGCUGUUCGAAAAAGUGUCAAAGUACUGGAGUUUUUCUGAAAUGGAAAGCUUACGAACAGAUGACAAGCAAAUUUUUUUAUCAGAGCGCUCCGAAUGAUCUUGCAUGACAAUUGUCAAAUUGAAAAAGGGAUACAACGAGAAAUAAUCUGCAAGAUUCAGCGUUGUCCGUACUAAAUGAAAAGGGGGCGAAUAUUUCCCAGUCAUUUGAACACCAUAAAAUUCUUGUUGUAAUUUAAUUUAACUACUCCUGACAACAAUAAGCAAUAAAGAUGUCUCAUUGGUGUGGA